AUGCUGGGAUCAUCUCGAUCCCUUUCGCGGGCAUUAGAGACAGUUUUUACAGAAGAUAAAGAUAUAACAAAUAUUAUAAAUCAAUAUAUUGAAAAACAUAAUGAAUAUACAAUUAUACAACAAUCAACUAUAAUAAAUGAUGAAUUAUAUAAAAUUUAUAAUGAAUAUAAUAAACCAUCUGAAGAUAUAGAAAGAGAGUACAAAUUUUUAGAUAUUUUAACUCAAGUUUGUGGGAUUUUCAAUAAGAUUGAAUUAGAUGUUUGGGUUCAUACUUAUUUAAAGCCAUCUGUUGAUAGUGCAGGAUUUGAUUUAAAAUUUGUUGAAAAAUCAAGAGAAUUUUUAAAGCAUUUGACUACUGAAUAUAUAAAUUCAAAUGAUGAAAAAUUAAAUAAGCUUAGAUUGAAUUAUGCAAAAUCUAUUGCUAAAACUAUCCUUGAUAUAUACUUAGAUGAGAAAGUAAUGCAUGAAAAGUUGAACCUAAAAAUUGAGAUGGAUCAAAGAAAUAAUCAAGCGUAUCACGAAAGAAUUAGGUUCAUUAAAUCAAAUUGUGCAAAACUACUAAAACAAUUUGGUGAAAAACAUACCAAAGAAUUAUGUGAACUUUUGAGUGAUUGUUUACAUAUUCCAGAAUACAAAAAUGAAACAUUAAUUUUAUUCGGUGAUUUUAUUGCUCAGCAAAACAAGCCAGAGAUUAUUAAUUAUCAAAUAUUUCAAGAUUUGGUCAAAAUAAUAGCUGAAGAUACUGAUGAAGUUUCAGUAAAUUCAGCUUUAACUAACCUAUUAAUGAUAAUUCCACAAGUAGCUAAAGACUUAGGUAGAUACGUCUCAGAUUUAUUUUUAUUAUGCACACGAAUCAUAAGCUGGGCCGAAUUGAAAGCAAUUGAUAAUUCUUCCGCAGUAAACUCACAACAUUUUGGAGAAAAAUUAAUUAAAAAUGGAGUUGUGAAUCAUUUUGAUUCUCAACAUUUAAUCACAUUACUUUAUGGAUUAUUCUUUUUCAAUAUUACUAAAUUUACUCAAUCACCAGCUGAAUACUUGACUAAAAAUCAACCUCAAAUACUACAACCUAAACCACUAUUGCCGUAUAUUGAAGAUAACACAAGAACAUUCAUAUCCCAUAUACUAGAAACAUUUCUACUACAUCCAAAAGUAUUUUUGAAAGAGGAUGACGAACUUGCAACCCCAACUAGUUGGAUCAAGAAUAACACAUCUCCGGAAGAUGUUGCUAUUAGCUGCUUGAGUUUAAAUCCAAACAUUAUGAUUAAACCAGUACAAAAGAAGAAUUCAGUUUCAACGAUUGAUAAAUUAUCAAGAUCAUCAUCAUUGGCAGGUCCAAUGUAUAUGCAAGCUAAUGGUCCAACAAAACAAAUUUUAGCUAGAAAAUUAUCAAUUAUACCCACUAACUUAGUAAUCGAAGAUGAUAUCAAAUUCAAAGAUUUUAAAUUCAAUAAUAAAUUAGAUAGUAUACCGUCAAGUCCAGAAUCACAUAAAGUUAAAGAGUUUGAUCCAUUAAAUGAAUUAUUAUUUGAUCAUGAAAAAUUAUUUACUUCAAGACAUAAUCCGGGUGAAAUAGUUGAUGAGAAAAAAUCAGAAAUUACAUUAGCUAGACCUUUAUCCUCACCUACAACCAACGUGGAUUCUUCAAGUUUAUCUAAGGAAUUUUCCACGAGUGAUACAAUUACAAGUGGCGAUAAAUCUCAAACUAGUUUACCAGACAUGAAUGGAGCAAUUGAUUUUUAUCAGAGAGAGCUAUUAUUGUUUAAAAAUGAAUUAGAAUUUUCAAGUUAUAUGAAACACUUAAAUAAAUUUUAUUACCUUAAGAAUAGUCAAAAAAAUAUUGACGAAGUUCCAGAGAAUUUUAAUAGAGAGUUAAACUUGAUCAUUACACAAUUGAGAGAAGAAAAUUUAAAGAUUAAUGAAGAAUAUAUAAAACAAAGGAAUAUUUUAAUUGAAAAAAUUGAAAGUCUACAAAAACAAAAUGCAGAUCUGGUCCAAGAACUAUCAAAUUUUAAGAAACAAACUGAACUAGAAGCUCAAAAUUACAAAAUAAUGGUUGAAGAAAUAAUACCCGACAAAGAUUUUAUAAUAGAAACAUUGAAAACAAAUUUAGCAACUGCUCAAGAUCAAGAACCAAUUAUCGAAACAAAAGUAAUAAAAGAACAAACUGAUACCUCAGAAUUUGAGAAACAAAUAUUUGAUUACAAAGUCCAACUACAAAUUGUGAAUGAGAAAUUAAAUAAUUUAAUUCAAGAAAACAGAAACAUUGAGAACAAAUACGAUGAAAUGAUCAAACAAUAUGAAUUAAAAUUAUCAAAAUCGAAAUUAUCAUUAAAUGACAAUUUAUCAUCAUUCACAAUUAACUACGACAAGAAGAUUCAAGAGUUCCAAACAAUUUUAAUCAAAUAUGAAAAACUACUAGAAGAGAAAAACAAUAAAAUCUUACAAUUAUCAUCAUCAAAACCAAUCCCAAUCCAUAGAUCAAACAGUGGACGUCAUGAAAGUAUAAGCUCUAUGAACUCUUCAAGAAAUGAUGAAUUUUCUUACGGUGGAAAUAACGGUAGUGGAUUAAAUAUAAAUGAUGAUUUCAUAUAUAAUACAAAUCAUCAAACUCCUGCUCCUAUUCAACAAAUGAUGAGAAAGAAUGAAAAAAUGGGAAUGAAUAGUAAUUAUAAUUCAAACAUUAAUAAUAUUAAUUAUAAUGAUAGUUUACCUAUAAUGAGAGGUAGAGGUGGAUUACAAAAAAGGUCAAAGAAAUUUAUGUAA